AUGGGGCGGACCUGGCUGCGUCUCGGCUCUGCGCUGGUCUUGGUGUGCCUGUUGCACGUUCAUGCCGCUGAGGCUGAUGAUUGCCAGACCAUAGUUCAGCAGGAUCAUCUUCGCGCCGCUUCGUUCGACACACAAGCAAACGGAUGGGUCACGACCGCAACGUGGGGCGAUGAGCUGGCCAACGCAACCUUUGAUGCAGCUUUGCCAGUCCAGUUGUUCCCAGAUGCUGCUGUCUUUGACAACAUCACUCGUCAGAUUGACUUGCGCUACACCGCCACAGCUAGCUGGCAGCUGGUCUACAUGGGCCCCAGCCCCGAGGUUCUGGCUCACCACUCACCCCUGGUCGUGGGCAUCCGUGCACAAGUGGCUAAUUCUGCUACUUGGUACCAGCUGGAUCAAGUCACGCUGACAUCUGGCACAGCCCUGGCCCGCCGUUUAAUCGUGUCUCUCGACGCCUUUUGCGGCCAUCACCUCCAAUUAGGCCUCUUUGUUGCGAGCGGGCAGUGGCCUGUCGGCUGGGCCAUGCCUUUAGUGGGCUCAAGAUUCGACCUUCAGACGUGUCCUCGUGGCCCGCAGCCGUCCACAGAGGCUCCAGGGGCUGCCGAUGCCAACUGUUCGAAACUUGACUACGUGCGUGCCAUAUUUGAGGAGGCUGACUUGGCCGCAGAAACUGGCUCGUUGUCCUUCGACGGUCCUUGGCACGAAUUGGACCGAUGGCCUCAAAGCGCCCGCGAUGGCUUUGUGACCAUGGGUGCUGGCACGCUCCAACUUCAAAGCUCUACAGGCACGGUUGGGGUAGCUCGCUCUUUUGAUCUCACCCAAGUGCCGCAAGCUACGCUCGUUCUAUGCUACGCUUGGGGCAACAUCUCGACUCUGGACUCGCACAUUGGUGUAGACUUGCAGCUACGCUCGGCAGAUGCACCCCUUGAGACGUGGAGUCGCCUUUUGCCACCACCACUGGAUGCUACCCGGGCUUGCAUCAACAUCGACCUUGCUGCUUUGACGGGAACUCGCGUGACCAUUCACAUAGCUCUGGUUGGAGCCCCAGAUGCGGUUGCCUCGACUGUACACUUUGCUAUUCACGACGUUAUCGUCUUGGCAUCAUCUUGUUAUGACCAAGCCACUUUGCUCGCUCUCUUUGGCUACACUCCUGAAGAAGAACAAGAGGUCCCGCGUGAAGCAACGACUGAGGAGCCGGAAACAACUCCUCCAGCCGUGGAGACAACAACCACGGCAUGUACAAAUCAGACUUGCCGCUGCAAGCCCGAUGCUUAUGAGCAUGGUCGACUGAGCGCGGCAGGUUGUUAUCGCUGCACUUGUUUGCCACUUCCAUUCUCCAGCACACUUUCCGAUGCAACAACCACUUUCAGUACGAGUACUUUCCUGCCUUCAAGCUCCGCGAACACGAGCACUACGAGCGCAACCACGUCCUCAACAGCGACAAGUACCGCAUCGCUCUCGAGCACCACCUCCAGAAGCAUGGCCACUUCCACUCGUAGCUCGAGCUCCAGUGCCAGGUCGACCACGACGGUUAUGUCCACCACAACGGGGACUGUCUCGGAUGUGACGAGCGCUGGGGCUUCCUCAACUGGGGCACGUAGUUCAAAUGCGCCCUCAACAAGCUCAGCGCGCGGCAGCGACACGCCCAUACCCAGUACAACUUCUUCAGCAGAAACGACGUUUGCCCCCGAACCAACUCUCCUACCAACUCCUAUGCCAUCGACGCUGUUCCCGACCUCAAGAUCCAGCUCACACAGCAUCUCUACCACUACGUCUACAGCUUUGUCCACAUCCACGUCAACGUCCACGUUGACCUCUACCUCGACCUCUACCUCGACCUCUACCUUGACCUCUACCUCGACCUCUAGCUCUAGCUCUACGUCUACGUCUACCUCAACCACGACCUCCACCUCCACCUCCACCUCCACCUCUACCUCCACCUCCACCUCCACCUCCACCUCUACCUCUACCUCCACCUCUACCUCCACCUCUACCUCCACCUCGACCUCCACCUCGACCUCGACCUCGACCUCGACCUCGACCUCGACCUCGACCUCGACCUCGACCUCGACCUCGACCUCGACCUCGACCUCGACCUCGACCUCGACCUCGACCUCGACCUCGACCUCGACCUCGACCUCGACCUCGACCUCGACCUCGACCUCGACCUCCAAUUUUACUUCAAACCCGCAUCCUGCUAGUGCCACCAGCUCCUCAAGUUCAACUUCUAAACAAACAUGGACAGAGGCUCCGGUCAAGUGUUCGUUCAACGUGGUCGAGGAUGAGUUUGAUGGCUCAAGUCUCAGCCAUACUCCUGUUCUUGAGUCCGACGACGCAGGGAACGUCCUUUCACCUUGGGUGGCCACCACGCGCAAUGGCGCUGUCUUCUCGGCGACGACCGCCUGGCUUGCACAAGGUUCGCUGUGGCUGCAGCCAACACCUCACAUUCAGCCUAUUGUUUCGCGCCAAAUAGAUCUUCGCAGAGCCUCGCAGGCCUCCGUGAAGCUCUACUAUCGUGUCUUGGGCAUGGGCUCGGCAGUUGUGGAACCAGUCGCCAUCCAAGCUCGCACCGUCGGAGCAAGUGACUGGCAACAACUACAUGUUCUGGCUUCCGAUCUCUCCUUUGCUGGCAGGGCGCAAACUGCUCGCAUCGGGCUGGCGCCGUUUGUGGGCAAAGUGAUGGAGUGGCGCUUCACCACAACCUUUGUACCAGCCAGCCCGGCUCUUGUGCUGCGCAUAGACAAUUUGCAGCUAGUGAUGACCACUUGCGUGUGGCCUGCCCCUGACAUCCCUUCGACCGCCUCCUUCACUCCGUCCUCGACGCACGACAAGACAGCCUCACUUGCACCAUCCUCUUCGACCUCGAUCCGCCACACUCACACCGCAACGGAUAGUGUCAGGACCACUCGAAGCAUUGAAGAUCUUGGUAGGACUGACACGCCUGCCCUGUUGACCACGAGGCGCCCCAUCGCGGUAUCGUCCACGGCAGGGACGGCGGCACCAUCCACUGCUGCUCUGUUUUCGACGCCAAAAGCUGAUGAAGCUGUGGGUAUCUCAGCAGCCGUCGACGACGGCGAGCAGGCCACGGGCGCCUCAGUCCGUGCUCACGAGGGCUUGAUGGCAGGAAUGGUAGCUGUGAUUGCGUUGGUCUGCGGAACUCUUGUGGCUAUCGUGGCUAUAGUCCGACGGCGGCGGCGGCGGCGUGAGCACGCAGCACAAGGCCACAGUCAAAUUGAUGUGGACAGCCUAGAGUUUGAUGAAGAUCCUUGGAUCCAGGCAAGCCAAGCAAGCCAUCCUCAAGCUGAGCUUGAGCCAAUGCCAUGA